GACGCAUUUCACAAAAAUAAUUUCCUUAGCUUAAACCCAUGGCGUCAAAAGCAACUUCCCCCGCCGCCGAAGUCAUCAUCGUCGGAGCCGGGCUCUCAGGGCUAGCAGCCGGGAAAACGCUACAUGAGGCCGGAAUUCGUGACAUAUUGAUACUCGAAGCCGACUGCAAGAUCGGCGGCCGGAUUCGUACGGCGGAAGUCGGAGGCUACACGGUUGAAAUGGGGGCUAAUUGGCUCACCGGAGGCGGCGGCGCCCCGAAGUCAAGCCACCUCUUUGAAAUCGCUAACCGCCACCUUAAUCUCAAAAUGCACUUCUCCGAUUUCAGUUCCCUCUCCAACGUCUACAAACAAGACGGUGGACUAUACUCGAAGGAGGAGGUGGAAGAGGCGCUCGCAGCCGCCGAAGCCAGGGACGACUUGUGCACUCUAUUAUCAACCAACAUUGUUUCCGACAUAUCGAUUUCGAAAGCCCAGCAGAUCGCCGAUCGGGUGCCGAAGACGGCGCUGGAGAUGGUGAUCGACUAUUUUCAGAACGAUUACGAGGAAGCGGACUCGCCGAGUGUGACGAGCCUGAAGCACACCCUCCCUCGCCACGAAUUCCUCGACUUCGGCGGCAAAACUUACUUCGUCGCCGACCCAAGAGGGUUUCACAGCAUUGUCCAUUACAUUGCUAAGCAGUUCUUGUCCCACUCCCACCACUACACUACUAGUGAUGAUGGUAAUCACCUAACUUUCAAUGACUCCAGGAUCAAGCUUAAUCAGGUUGUCAGAGAAAUCAAGUAUUGUGAAAACAGAGUAAGAGUGAAAACAGAGGAUGGUUGUGAGUAUGAAGCUAAAUGUGCAAUUGUGUCUGUUAGCCUUGGUGUUCUUCAGAGCAACUUGAUCAAGUUCAUCCCUAAUCUACCUAAGUGGAAAAGGCGAGCGGUGAGCGGAUUCAACAUGGGGAAUUUCACCAAGAUAUUCCUGAAAUUCCUAACCAAGUUCUGGCCAUCGAACACGGCCGGAUCCGAGUUCUUCCUCUACGCCCACGAAAACAGGGGAUACUAUCCCACAUGGCAAAACCUGGAGAACGUGAUGCCCGGAUCCAACAUUUUGCUCGUGACGGUGACUGGAGACGAAUCGAAACGGAUCGACAAGCUCGCCGACGAGACGAUCCAGGAAGAAGCCAUGGAAGUGCUGAGGAAGAUGUUUGGAUAUGGGAUUCCUGACCCUGAACAAAUACUGGUGCCAAGAUGGUUGUCGAAUCGAUUGUUUCGAGGGAGCUACUCGAACUGGCCCGUUGGUUAUAAACAGAGCAACCACAAGCAAUUGAAGGACCCAGUAGGUCCAAUUUUCUUCACUGGGGAGCAUACCAGUACCAAGUAUCUGGGAUUUGCUGAUGGUGCCUAUUGUGCAGGAGUGGAUACUGCAAAUGAGGUAGCCAAAUGUGUUAGAGAGCAUCAAACCAAGGGUAGAAAGAGUGAGCCCAGUGCCUUGCUCACAGAUAAAUAGAGUUCGCAAUUUGUAAUCUAAUCAAUUCAAUUCAUCAACUUAAAUAUCCAACUAAUUCAAUCCAUUUGAUUCAAAUCAAACUGGAUUAGAUUCAUGGACCGUUGUCAAAUUACGAUUUAGUAUUUAUGUUUUUAUAUUUUACAACUUGAUGCCCAAAAUUUAUUUUUUAUACGACAAUAUCAUCGGAAAAUUAUGUUUUGGUACCUAAUUUUUUUUUAUUAUGACGUUUUAGUACCUAAACUUUUCAAAAUCUCCAUAUCGAUCCAAUAUUUGGAUGUCACAUGGCACAUGGAUCCUUGAUUCAAUCCACCAAUCCAUUUGAUCCAGUGGCGGACCCAUAAAUUUGUCAUAGGGGUGUCCUCCUUUAAAAAAUAAAUUAAAUUAAAAAAUUCUUAUAUAAGAAAAUACAUGACUCGUACGAUGUUAAAAAAAUUUCACGAUGUGUUUUCAUAUUCGAAAAUAAUUGUAGAAUACACUUGGUGUCUACAGUGCUCAAAAAAAUUUCUCUGUAUAUCUUACUAGACAAUUAUUCACGAACUUAUCGCAUAUUUGAUUCUUAAACUUGUUAUUGAUGCAACCCAAAGCCAAAAAGACUCUUUUUCUUUUUAGAAAAAAAGACUCUUUCAACACUUGUCUUACAACCAUAAAAUCAAUACAAUUAUGAGUAGCUUGAAAUUAGCUUAAUUGUUAGGUUUUGAAAAUAAAUAGAGAUAGGAAAUGUCAAUUUACUAUUACACAUUGUUUAAAAUCGAACAAUAAAUUAGUUGUAGCCUAAUGGAAAUAAUCUUUAUUAAUAGCAGUAGUGUCCUAGGUUUGAAUUAUCCAAACUACCACUUAUAUUCUCAUACACAAAAAAAAAAAAUUGAGAGUAGGAUAAUUAUUUUUUCAAAUCUCAGGAGUGUCCUUCACUCUCAAUUAUAAUUUUUUGUUCGUAUGUAAAUUACAACUGGAGGUUGAAUAAUCGUUUCCCAAAGUUUAGGGGUGUCCCGGAACACUCCUAAACCCCCUUGGGCAGGGGCGGACACAGGGGGUUUUAGGGUUGUCCCCGGACACUCCUAAAUUUUGGGAAAAUGAUUAUCCAACCCCCGGUGGUAAUUUACGUAUAGACAAAAAAAAUAUAUAUAAUUGAUAGUGAGGGACACCCCUGAAAUUUGAAAAAUGAUUAUCCUACUGUCAUUUGUGUAUAAAAAUAUAAAUGGUAUGUUGGGUAAUUCAAAUCUAGAACACUAUUAUUAUUAAUAAACUUAAUUUCCGUUGAGCUACAACUCAUUUGUUGUUCGAUUUUGAACAAUGUGUAAUAGUAAAAAGUCAUUCCCUAUCUCUAAUUAUUUCAAUCUAAACUAAUUUCAAUCUACCCUUAAUUUGUAUUGAUUUUAUGAUUGUACUUUAAGUGUUGAAGAGUCUUUCGGCUUUGGGUUACAUCAAGAACAAGUUUACAAAUUGAAUAUGUGAUAAGUUCCUGAAUGAUUGUAUAGUAGGGUAUAUAGAGAAUUAUUUUUAACACUAUAAACACUAAGUGCAUUC